AUGGAGACAAAUUAAGAAAUCGUACUUCUAAAAGAGUCUUUCUUGGAAUUUGUCAAUAAAGUGUUACCUAUUUUAAAAGGAGAAGUCUUGGAAUUAUUUAACUCAAAAUGGAUUCCCUUAAAAAAAUUACUCUCUGACCCCUCAAAAAAUGCUAGUGAGAUUUUCAUUCUAGUCUCAUCAAUGUCUUCCCUUAAAAAAAGUAAUUCUUCUUUUAUUUCAACUAAUUCCCCAAAUUCUGAUUGUAGCAUCUAAAAUAAAUAAGGAAUAGCAAAUCAAUCAACUAAAAGUAAAGAAUAGAUUGAGUUAAAAAAAGAAAUAACAAAAGUAAAAGAAUAAGCAAAUCCUUUGUAUUACAAAGAAUUAAAAAUUGGUAUUUGUAAUCCUAUAUAGUCAAUUAAGAGAUAAAUAAGAACUUCUUUCUCAAUACUCCAAGAACAAGACCUACUUCUUAAAAAGACUUAGAAUGCAAUAAUAAUACAAGAGGAUAUGAAGAAGAUAUUAAAGCAAAAAUACUUAGAGAUGAUAUAAAAUGUAAAUUAAGAAUUUAUUAUAAUAUAAUUUAGUUUUAAAUCAAUUAAGAAGUGCUACACCUGAAAAGAAAACAUCUAUAUGUAUUAAUUUGAAUUUGGAUUCAAAAAUUUAAGAUGCUAUUCUAUAAUUUAAGAAGAAUAGUUCUAUUUUAAAGACUGUUCAUGAAAGAAGCUCAGAAGUUAUUACACCUUAAAGUCCUAAAUGUGUUAAUUAAGAAUCUCCUCUAUUAUAUUAUCAUAAACCUAUGAAUUAAUACAUUUAAAAUCCAGUAAUCAGAGAAUAAUUAAAUAGUGAUGGAUUAAAAGGAUAUAGUAUUUAUUCAAAAAAUGGUAUUGGUUAACCUAUAUAAUUUGAUAAUCAAUUUCAGAUGAUGGUUCAGCAAUACAAAAAUAAUUUAAUCUAUAAAAAGUUAUAUUUUUGA